AUGGAGGCCAACAAGACUGUCACCACGGACUUCGUUCUCCUGGGGCUCUGGCCUGAGUUCAGCCACCUCAUCGUCCUCAUGGGCCUUGUUCUUCUGGUCUACACUGUGGCUGUCAUGGCCAACGCCGCCCUCGUUGUCCUCAUCUGGCUAGACGCGCGGCUCCACGUCCCCAUGUAUUUCCUGCUCAGCCAGCUCUCCCUUAUUGACUUGGCGUUAAUUUCAACUUCUGUCCCCAAAAUGGUCGCAAACUUCUUCUCGGGGAAGAGAACCAUAUCGCAGGUGGGCUGUGGAGUGCAGAUCUUCUUCAGCUUAACUCUGGGGAUCGCGGAGUGCCUCCUGCUGACCUUCAUGGCCUUGGACCGCUACGUGGCCAUCUGUAAGCCGCUGAGGUACGCCACCAUUGUCAGCCACGCCACCUGCACACACAUGGUCACUGGCUCCUGGGCGGGAGGGGCCGCGACGUCCCUGGCUCACACAGCCUACGCCAUGCACUUUCCCGUCUGUCGUCGCCGGGAGAUCCCACACUUCCUGUGCGAGGUCAUGGCCCUGCUUAAGCUCACCUGCGAAGACAUCUCCACCUAUGUAAAGUCAGUGGUGGUCUCCAGCUUCCUGGUGGUCCUCAUCCCCCUGGGCCUCAUCCUGGCCUCCUACGCCCUCAUCUUCCUCACUGUCCUCCGUAUGAACUCCCCUGAGGGCAGGAGCAAGGCUCUGGCCACCUGCUCCUCCCACCUGUGCGUGGUCAGUCUCUACUUUGGCCCUGCAAUCUUGGUGUACAUGAGGCCUGGCUCCUCUAAGACCCCCACAUUAAACCAGUCUCUCUUCAUGUUUAAUGCCAUCCUCACCCCGAUGCUGAACCCCCUCAUCUACAGUCUGAGAAACAAGGAUGUGCUCACAGCUCUGAGGAGCACAGUGGCCGGUGCGCGCCCCCUGCGGAAGCUGGACGACUCCUUCCGACGGCUUUCCAGGGCCUGGAGGACAGGACGCAUUCUAGGAUGA